AUGUCUUUUAGGAAACAACUCUCUGGUAAUAUGAAAAGGAAAAAAAAGGCAAAGGAUAACGAAAUUGCCAUAAGUUUAAACGGAUCUCUUAAUAAAUUUUUCUCUACAAAGAAUGAGUUAGUUAAAAAUUUGAGAGAAAAUGAUGUUGGUGAAGAGUCACAAAAUGUUGUUGGAGAGUCUCAUGACCAUGAAAAUGGUAGUGAUUUGGAAGAAAAUGUUGGUGAUGAGUCUCAAGACCAUGAAAAUGGUGGUGAUGUGGAUUUAAAUGUUGAUGAUGAUCAUAUUGGUGUAGAGGAAAAUAUUGAAUCUCCUGAACCUAUUAUCCAUUUAAAUAUUUAUGAUCCAAGAGUUUGGGAUGAUCUUAAUAAAGAAAUGAGAGAUUUACUUGUAGAAAAGGGACCAAUUCGAGAAACUAAUCUCACUUAUCCUAAGGACAAACUCUCUAGAAAAUUUUCCUCACACUACUAUGAUCGAAAAUUACUAACAGGUGAAAUUUAUGAUAGGAAAUGGCUCGUGUACUCAAAAGAGUUGGAUAAAGUCUUUUGCUUUUGUUGUAAAUUGUUUAAAACAAUUGCCUCAAAAAGUGAGAUAGCAAAAGAUGGAAUUAAUGAUUGGAGACAUCUUGGUGUGAAGCUUGACCAACAUGAAAAGAGUAAAGAGCAUUUCACUAAUUCGAGAACUUGGUUUGAGUUGAAAAGUAGAUUGACAAAAAAUCAGACAAUUGAUAAAGAAUUUCAAAUGCGAAUCAAGAAAGAGACAAAUCAUUGGAAACAAGUGAUGCUCAGAAUUAUUGUUGUUGUGAAAUGUCUUCCCAUACGUAGCUUAGCAUUUCAUGGAACAAAUGAAAGACCUUACGAAGACUCUAAUGGCAACUUCUUAGGUUUACUUGAAAUGAUUGUGGAGUUUGAUCCAAUAAUGCAAAAGCAUUUUCAACUCAUUGAGAAUAAAGAGAUUCAUCAUCACUAUUUGAGCCACAAAAUCCAAAAUGAGUUUAUAGCUACUUUAGCUUCAAAAGUCAAAACCGCAAUCAUUAAAAAGGUAAAAGAAGCCAAAUUUUUUUUAGUCAUUCUUGAUUGUACUUUUGAUGCAAGUUAUGUGGAACAGAUGACUUUAAUUUUGAGAUGUGUUGACUUGUCAAGUAGGUCAAUAAAUAUAAGGGAGUAUUUCAUGGAGUUUUUAAGUGUGGAAGAUACAUCAGGACAAAGACUUUUUAAUGAGUUGCAAGAUGUCCUAAAGUCUCUUGAUCUUGAUAUUGAUAAUGUGAGGGGACAAGAUUAUGAUAGUGGAUCUAACAUGAAAGGGAAACACCAAGGUGUCUAG